AUGUCGCCCCUGGACGGCAGUAAGCGGCCACGGACCGAUGGUUCAUCGUCGCCGCCCUCACCCAUCUCCGCCCCCGUCCGCCCCUCGGCACCGCAGCGAACACCCAGCACGGGCGUCAUGACCACGCACGAAAUGGAGGUGGACACGCUCAGCGAGCAGCAGGCGCAGGACCCAUCAUUGCAUCCGCGGAUUCUGAGUCUGCUCGAGCAAAUAGUGGUCUCGCAGGAGCGGCUCGCAGCUGACGUGAGCCGGCUGCAGAGUUCGAUGGAUACGGUGCUGGCAUCGCUGGGUACGGGGCGUGGUGGCCAUUCUCUGGCCAGCAUUGUCGCGCCGCGCGACUCCCACGAUCAUUCGCUGCCACCCCUGUCCGCGCUUCCGCACUCGUCAGCACAGCCAAGCGCGCCAGCAAGUCAGCAGGCGCGGUCUCCCUCAGCGUCGCCGCGUCUCCAGCAUGGCGGUGCCCAGCAACAAUCCCCACGCGAUUAUCAUCGUCCAGCCACUGGAAACCCUGCUACCAGCUUCUAUAACACGCCACCGCCACCCACGCAACAAUCCAUGUCGAUUUCGCUUCCACCGCCUGCAGCGCUGGCGCGGAAUCCAGGGUUCUCGACGCCCAGCCUCAUGCGAUCCGCCGGCCCGCAGACCACGUUCCACCAGCCGGCAAAGUACAUGGCCCCGCAGAUGCCCAUGUCGGCGCGCCCGCACUCGCCGCCACAUCCAAAGCACAGCAAGCCGCCGCCGCUGCAGCAGUACCAGCCCCGGUUCCCUUAUCACCCGCCGCCAUCGUCGGCGCCGCCACACCAGACCCAACAGCAACAGCAACAUCAGCAACAUCAGCAACAUCAGCAACAUCAGCAACAGCAACAGCAGCAAUCCAUCUCUUUACCGCCAAUCCGCCAAUCGCCAGUCCACCCCUCCCAGGCGCCCAACAGCGCGUCGGCUGCAAUGCUGUCCCAGAAGCAGCCGAUGCUAGGCCCGCCCUCCGCCCCAGGACACGCCCACGGACCCGACACCGGCGGGGCAACGUCCAAGCCGUCGCUCGCCAUGGGCCGCCAGAUCCCCGCCUCCAUGAUGUCCCCACACGGCCCACCCGGCGGUCUGGCGCAUGCGCCACCGUCGUCGGCCCCAGCCUCGAUGACACACCACAUGCUGCACCAGCGCAGCGCGACGCCCGGGUCCUCCAAGCUGUCGCCGCCCGGACAGCAAAGCUACUCGCAGCUCAAGCUCGAAAAGAAUCGGUUCCAGGCAAACAUUCGCGCUUUCGUCGACCAGCACUUUAUGUCGCCGGGCAACACGCAGUGGGAUUACCAGCAGUCGUUCAAGUCGCCGCGCAAUGCACAGGUGACGCAGCAGAUUGUCCACGCCUUCUACAACGCCCAUGGCGGCACCGUCGAACGCAUCGAGCACGGGCUCAGCGUGUAUUUUAGCUCGCUGAAAGCCAAGCACCGGACCACCGAGGACAAGGCUCUGCUCAAGCAGCAGCGCGACCGUCGCCGCGCUAGACGAAUCAAGAAGGCGGCCGGGCGACGCAAGGUCUUUGACCGCACGCAAUACCCGUUCCUGCCAAACGAGUUCGACCCGAAUCUGGCCUUUGUGCCGAGCGCCAUGAGCCCCGAGCACACUGACGACGAUGGCGAGGUCAAAGUGGGCACCCUCGAAUGGCGCACGCCCACAUACACCAAGCUGUUCAAGCUGCUGGACACGCUGCGUCCAAAGCGCACGCCGCGGCCCAACAACCCGCACCUCAAGGGCUGUGCCGCGCCGCCGCCUGAAAUCCCCUCCAUCAUGAUCGAUCCUGCAUACGCCGCACUCGAUCGGGUGGCCGAGGAGCAACACGACAUGGACGAGGACGAGUCCGACGAGGAUGCCGACUCGCACGCGGCCUCAAUGUACAUGUAA